GCUUCGGAUCAGCUUCGGGCGAGAUCGGCAAACAUCGGGCUCAUCCGUCCUCCGAAGCGGCAUUGGCCGACGCUCCUCCCUCGCGAUGGCAGCGUCUUUUAUCUUUCUCGUCCUCUUCCUCAGCGCUGCCUCAGGAUAUGGCAACUUCAAUGCAUUUUUCCGGUACCAGUAACUUUGGCAACCCUCCUGCAUUUGGUGGCAGUGGCGCUCCCGGGUAUGGAGGAGGGGUUGGACCUGGGUAUGGGGGAGGUGCUGGCAAUCAGUUAAACCAACCUUCACCUUUUGGCGCCCCAGGGUUCAACCCUUUCGUACCUCAGUACGGACAGGCCUAUCCUUAUACUCCCUUCCCUACGUUUGCUGCACCCUUCGACUUCAUGUCUUUCCUGAACCAGUACUUCCAGGCUCUGCAGAGCUUCCAGGCUCAGGCUGAAGCCCAGGCACAACAAGCAGCUGCAGGUGGCUAUGGGGUAUAUCACAGUGGCCCUGGACAUGCUGCCUGGGCCUACACCUACCCUAGGUCUCCUGCUUUUGUUCCUUUCUGGAGUGGAGGAUAUCCUUCUGAUAACAACGAGGUGGGAGGAGUAGCCAUGGCCACCUACAGUCCUCAGGGAGGCUAUGGGUCUGCCAACAUCUUCCCCAAGCCGGAGGGUGGGUUAGAGACCAGGUUCGGGGGAGACGAGGACGGUGGAGCCCAGAACUCUGUGGGACCUGUGUCUGGUGUCAGUGGCAGCUUCAAGCCUCCCUCAGGCGGUAGCUUUGGUGUCUUCACUUCCUCUUCCUCUGGGUCCAGCGACAUCAACGGGAAGAAGACAAGCUACAAGCAGUCCACCAUCGGGGUCAACGACAACGGCAAAGUGACCACUUACACCGCACAUGAUCCUUGAACUGCUAUUGUUAUUAAUAAAUUUUAGUUAUAAAAUUAUGA